AUGCCCACCUGGGUGGCUCGCCCACCUGGGCAUCGCUGGCCAGGCCACUGCCGCCGGACCCAGCUCUUCCCUCCCACACCGGAUGACGGAGGCUUUGAGAGCGGCGCCUACAACAACAGCGCCAUCGCCACGCCGCACCUGGAUGCCUUGGCCCGGCGCAGCCUGGUCUUCCGCAACGCCUUCACCUCGGUCAGCAGCUGCUCGCCCAGCCGCGCCAGCCUCCUCACUGGCCUGCCCCAGCUCACGGUGUCCCCGCCGCAGCACCAGAACGGGAUGUACGGCCUGCACCAGGGCGUGCACCACUUCAGCUCCUUCGAGGGCGUGCGGAGCCUGCCGCUGCUGCUCAGCCGAGCCGCCGUGCGCACAGGCAUCAUCGGGAAGAAGCACGUGGGGCCGGAGGCGGUGUUCCCCUUCGACUUCGCGCACACGGAGGAGACCGACUCGGUGCUCCAGGUGGGCCGCAACAUCACCAGGAUUCGGCUGCUGGUCCGGGAGUUCCUGCAGACGGGGGACAGCAGGCCCUUCUUCCUGUAUGUCGCCUUCCACGACCCACACCGCUGCGGGCACUCCCAGCCCCAGUACGGGGCCUUCUGCGAGAAGUUCGGCAACGGGGAGAGCGGCAUGGGGCGCAUCCCAGACUGGACCCCACAGGUCUACGACCCCCAGGAUGUGCAGGUGCCUUACUUCGUCCCUGACACCCCAGCAGCCCGGGCUGACCUGGCCGCUCAGUACACCACCAUCGGCCGCAUGGACCAAGGGAUCGGGCUGGUGCUGCAGGAGCUGCGGGCAGCCGGCGUCCUCAACGACACCCUGGUGAUCUUCACCUCCGACAACGGCAUCCCCUUCCCCAGCGGCAGGACCAACCUGUACUGGCCGGGCGCCGCAGAGCCCCUGCUGGUGUCGUCCCCGGAGCACCCAAGCCGCUGGGGCCAGGUCAGCGAGGCCUACGUGAGCCUCCUCGACCUCACGCCCACCGUGCUGGACUGGUUCUCCAUCCCUUACCCCCGCUACACCAUCUUCGGCUCCAAGACGGUCCAGCUCACUGGCCGGUCUCUCCUGCCGGCGCUGGACGCAGAGCCUGCCUGGUCCACGGUCUUCGGCAGCCAGAGCCACCACGAGGCUACCAUGUUCUACCCGAUGCGCUCCGUGCAGCGCGGGGCCCUGCGCCUGGUGCACAACCUGCACUUCAGGAUGCCCUUCCCCAUCGACCAGGACCUCUACGUGUCGCCCACCUUCCAGGACCUGCUGAACCGCACGGCGGCCGGCCGGCCCACGCGCUGGGGCGUCUGA